GCUGGAUAGGUGGCUGUGGAGAAGAAGCCAGAAAAAGCCAUACCAGUUAUUAUCCGAAGCCACAGCUGGAGUUCUCCAGUGUGGCUCAUCAUGCAACAUUUGAAUAAAUUCUGUCAGUCCUCAACCACAAACACUUUCAGAGAGAAGUGAGACACUUCCACAGAAGGAAAUCUCAAUUAAAUUCUGUUCUUUGUGUACAAGAGUAGAUCCUGACCACUCAAUUUCUUUCUUGAGGAAAAGAUAUGGUAACCCACAGACUGUUGUUGACAGAAGGAAGAAAACUCUAACUGCUCACAAACACUUCUUGUCAAGAUGCAAUUCCUACAGAUCCUGUCCAGGAAACCGGGGAGCCUGGAAGUGCUUUUUCAAAUACCAUUUUGCCAAAAGCAAUUUCCAUACACCUGUCUAUCUUCCUCUGUAUGUGUUUAUAGCAAAAAGAAAAAAGGAAACAGUUAUGAACAAGUUGACCAAGAAAAAUACAAGAACUUGGUCCACUCUGUUACAUCUUACAAAACCAGCGCCCAAACACCAGAGACAAUACUUGAGGAAGACAGUUUGUUAUAUGGGCCACCAGCUAAACACAGACCUCCAGUUAAAGCCGGGACAAAAACUCCCAAGAAUUGGGUUCCUUUAAUAAACCCCAGCAAGAGAAUUCUUCCUCUCAGCAGGGAUUCAAAUAUCCCCAUGAAAAUUGGGUUACAAAGAACUAAGAUGCCCAGUGUUACCCGCAUCCUUCAACAAACCCUCUCUCCACAGCAAGUCUUUUAUCUGGAAAGAUGGAAGCAGAAAAUGAUAGAGGAGCUUGGAAAAGAGGGAUUUGAGGAGUAUACCAAAAAUCUUUUUCUCCAAGGAGAGCUCUUCCAUUCAGCUUUGGAAUCAAUAUUACUGUCUGAAGAGGCAUCAGCUAGGGACCGGGGUGAAGAUGAUGUUGUGGCUGGCUACUUAUCCAGCGUGGAACAUGUCUUGGAAGACAUUAGUGAUGUGAAGGCUCUGGAAAGUGGAGUUCACCAUGAGACCCUGCAGUACCUGGGCCUGGUCGACUGUGUGGCCAAGUAUCGGGGCCGACUGUGUGUGAUCGACUGGAAAACUUCAGAGAAGCCAAAGCCAUUUCUGCAGAAUACUUAUGACAACCCCUUACAGGUUGCAGCAUAUAUUGGAGCCAUAAAUCAUGAUGCUAAUUAUGACUUCCAGGUUUGCUGUGGGCUCAUUGUGGUUGCCUACAAGAACGGCUCUCCGGCACAUCGGCAUUUCAUGGAUCCUGACCUGUGCUCUCAGUACUGGAAUAAGUGGCUCUUGCGCCUGGAGGAGUACAUGGACAAAAACUGACCCAGACUAAGCACAAGCAAGUGGUCUGAGCACAGAGACAAAGGCAGAACUCUUUGUUUAAAUGUACCACUUUCAUAUUCUUUUUUUACUAACUUUGGCUAAUUUCUUGCUAGCAGGGAUUCCCUCUCCCCUCCCAAAAAGGCAAGUAACUUUCAAAUGGGGAAUAUCUAUUUGCUUAUAUUAUAGGUGGCCUCAGUAGUUCAGGCAGAAAAAAGCAAACUUAUUUAGACUCUCUUUUUUAUCCCACACAGUUUAUACAGCCUGAGGUUGAUAGAAAAGUUUCUACUAUCAAGUCAAACUGCUUGAUCAAAUAAUCUUUCUUUUGUGAUUUUUGAGGGAAAAAAAAGUUGCAGAACUGAGUCUUUGAAAAUGAAGUUGGUGAACUAAAGCAAAACAACACCUAUAAUGUAUGAGCUGAGAGAAAUGCAAAUGAUAAAGAAAUGGAUAUAGUGGAGUCAGUUUCAGUCAGUUCUUGCUCAUGCCAUCAUUACGCUUGUUAUUGUUUGUGGUUUUUCUUACAGCUACAACUGGAAAACCUGUGCUGAGAGUUAUAAUGAAAGUCCUCAUUAGCUAUUAUUUAGAAAAGUAUGGCAGAGUGGCCACUUAGCAGAAGUGGCUCAGCAAGAGAGGAGCAGAAUUGGAACCAACACUCACAGACAUUUCCAGCAAGUGUUCUGAGAGGUGGGAAUGUCGGCUGCUGCUAGUUGUUCCUCCUGCAAGUUUUUUAGCACUGAGCCCACAGAAAAGCUGUGAAACAAGUUCUGUGCCUUGGCUUGGGAGCUCUGUGCUGCCACUGCCUUGAACUCUCCUGACUCUGCUGUGGGUCUGAGCCAACAAGGAGCCCACCCCGUGGAACGAUCCCCAGUGUCAUGGGAGUGAGUUUCUGUAUCAAAGCAGCCCUGUGGCUGUUGAAGCUGAGCCUUCUGAUGGGUGAAGAGCUGCUGGUUGGGUUUUGGGAGCUGCUUUUUAUGGAUUUCUCUUUGGAUUUGAUUUUUUGUUUUGUUUUGUUUUUUCCAAAUAAGUUUGUGAAUAAAUGUUUUGAAACAGAACUUUUACUUUUGAAACAUAUAAAAUCAAGUCUGUAAAGCAGAGAAUAAACCUUGAUCGUGUCAGG